CGUUCGACUGUCUUUUCGUUUCCAGUCUGAACGCCAGGGCGCCUGCUUGACGACCGCGACGACGACGACCAUGUUCAACACGUCGUCCUCCUCUUUCGUGUCCAUAACGUCGCCGACGGACGUCGCUUCCUCCUUUCCCAGCAUCCCUAUCCCCUCGUUCUUCGCGUCCAGUUCCGGAUCGUCCUCAUGGCUCACUACGACCCUCACUAUCGUUGUCUCGUUGCUCCUCCUCGAGCAGAGUGUGUAUAGAUAUAAGAAGCGCCACCUACCUGGCCCCAAAUGGACUAUUCCCAUCAUUGGCCAGUUUGCGGAUUCUCUGAACCCGACGCUGGAGAAUUACAAGGCUCAAUGGGCGUCCGGUGCGCUUAGCGCUGUUAGCGUGUUUAACAUCUUCAUCGUCAUCGCGGCCACGAACGAGUAUGCGCGGAAAAUCAUGAACUCCCCGACCUUCGCUGAGCCGUGCAUCGUGCACGCGGCCAAGAAGAUCCUGUGCCCAGAGAACUGGGUCUUCCUCAGCGGAAAGGCGCACGUGGACUACCGCCGUGGCUUGAACGGCCUGUUCACCCGCAAGGCUCUGGGCUUGUACGUUGGGGUCCAGGACACCGUAUGCCGGGAGCACUUUGCUAAAUGGCUCGCUUCCUCGGCUAAGAACCCUAAACCUGAGAUGAUCAUGUGGACGGCGCGCGAUCUGAACAUGGAGACCUCCCUUCGCGUCUUCUGCGGACACCAUAUCCCAGACCAUGCUUUCAAGGAGAUCAGCGACAAGUACUGGGCCAUCACUGCGGCGCUUGAGCUUGUCAACUUCCCCAUUGCGAUCCCUGGCACCAAGGUUUACAAGGCCAUCCAGGCGCGGAAGGCCGCCAUGAAAUGGCUCACACUCUCUGCGCGCAACAGCAAGGUCGCCAUGGCUGAAGGUCGUGAGCCCGAAUGCAUGCUGGACGAGUGGGUCAAGGAGCUCGCGGACCCGAGCUACAAGGGUCGCCGCGAGUUCAGUGACCACGAGAUGGCUAUGACUCUCUUCUCGUUCUUGUUCGCCAGCCAGGACGCCAUGAGCAGUGGUUUGAUCUACGGAUUCCAGCACUUGGCUGACCACCCUGAGGUGUUGGCGAAGGUUCGGGAGGAACAGGAGCGGGUGAGAGGGGGCGACUACCAGAAGCCAAUGACGUUGGAGAUGAUGGACGAGAUGACGUACCUGAAGGCCGUUGUAAAGGAGAGUUUGCGCGUGAAGCCCCCGGUGACUAUGGUGCCCUACACCGCGUUGAAGGCGUUCCCCAUUUCCGAGGACUACACGGUGCCGGCUGGUGCGAUGGUCAUCCCGUCCAUGUAUCCAUCCCUGCAUGACGAAUCUGUGUUCCCUGAGCCGGAAAAAUUCCUGCCCGAACGCUGGUUGGAUCCGCAGAGUCCCGCGAACCAGAACCCGAAGAACUUUAUGGUCUUCGGCAGCGGUCCGCAUAAGUGUAUCGGUGUCGAGUACGCGACGAUGAACAUUGCGCUGGUACUGGCGAACGCGGCCGUGCUGUUGAACUGGGAACAUCACCGGACACCGGAUAGUGAUGAGGUUCAGAUGAUCGCGACCCUCUUCCCCAAGGACGGAUGCUUAUUGAAGUUCAGUCCGAGGGCGUGAAGUGAUGAGCCCGAGCAGUAAAAGUACGAUCGGGACAGUUUGAGGGCGGCCCAGGGGGGCUUAUAGAGUAGUUUAUCAUUAAUUGUCUCGAAUAUACCUGUGUAGACGACUUGUUAUGUUUAUAAUCCACAAUCAGUGGAUUUGUCCAAUGGAUACACAUUGGCGCCGUGCUUGGUCCAUGGCGUGGACGUCUUGGAAC